UGAAGAGAGACUGGGGUUGAAGGGGAAGGGUUUCAAUCGGCGGCGAGACUGGUUCAGCUUUCGUUUCUCUCAUAAAAGGAGUCUACCUAAUAGCCUUGGACUCUUCGUUUCUCUCAUACUCCUCACCUCUCCCACAAAAUCCCAUUUUUUUCUCAGCUUUCUGGAUUUUGAGCGUACCCAGAAAUGGAGAGUGGUUUGGAUCCCCAGAUGAGCAACACCUCUCAUGGGUCGGAAGAUGAGUCUUUGAUGGAGAUGGGAUCUGGAAGUUUUGGGUGCUCACAUUACAGAAGGAGAUGCAAGAUCAGAGCACCUUGUUGUGAUGAGAUAUUUGAUUGCAGGCAUUGCCAUAAUGAAUCCAAGUUUAAAAAAAUAAAGGAUGCUAUUGAAUCGCACAACACUGCUCGUUGCAGCAUUGGUCCAACUAAGGGUGUUGGAGAUCUUAACCUUGAAGCUAUAUCUGCUCCACAGAAGAAAGGAAAUGAGAAGAUUUUUAUUUUGAUUCAGGCUUCUGCCUAUAAUUUGCAUCCGCCCAUGUUUGUGGCCAUCAAAAGUAAUGUCUGA